GAACAAUUGUUUGUGGUUGUCAUGGAAAAACUCACCAGGCAACGGUGGACGCGAUUGUGACUGCAACGUGCAAGGGCAUUGCGGAUUGCCAAGCGAUGUUCAACAACGAAAAACGGUAUACAUGAGAGGUUCUCAAAAGGAAUGGAAUCGGAUUUUGAAACCAAUUCAACAGAGAAUCAUAAAUCUGGACGGUUGAUUAAUGCCAUCUCAAAUGUCUACGGGGAUUUAACACUCGGUGACAAAGCAGCGGGCAAUGGCAGCUUGGUGGAGAUGGCCGAGAGGUUCCUAAAGAGCAGGGCUGAGGAGGGAGAUGGGCAGGCGAUCUUCCUCCUGGGACAGCUCUACUACGAGGAGUGUCUGUACGAAAAAGCUGAAAAAGUAUUCGACAGCAUAAAAGACACGGACCCCAAGGCCCUGUACCAGCUUGCAGUGAUGUACUUUGAUGGCUUGGGCACCAUUGUUGACUUUUCGAAGGCGAUGGCGUAUAUGAAGCGGGUUGCCAGUUGCGACGACCCCGAGGCAACAUCAGUCAAACAGUGCGCUUUGUUCAACCUCGGGACGGCCUACCUGGAAGGGUACGGGGCCCGCCCAUCCAGGGAGGAGGCAGAGAGGUACUGGCUGCUUGCUGCAGAUGACGGAAACCCCAGUGGCAAUGUGAAAGCUCAGAGCUCACUGGGCCUCUUCUACUCCCACCCAGACACACUGGACCUUAAAAAGGCAUUCUUCUGGCACUCGGAGGCCUGUGGGAACGGCAGCCUGGAGUCGCAGGGGGCGUUGGGGGUCAUGCACCUGUAUGGACUGGGCAUUCCCAAGGACCAGCAGUCUGCCCUGGACUGCCUAAAGGAGGCCACAGAGCGAGGGAACGUCUACGCCAUGGGGCACCUGGUGGCCUUCUACUACCACCGGAAACUGUACGCCAAUGCAGUGGCCCUCGGCAAGAGGAUUUCGGAAUAUGGCGCGGAGGACGUUGGCGCAAUAGCGAGAAACACUGAGUGCCUGCCGGAAUACAUCAGCAAGGGCAUCGCCAUGGCGAUGUUCUACUACGCACGCUGCCUGCAGCGAGGGAAGGGCGUCCAGCAGAACGUGGAGGAGGCCAAGCGUUACUUCUCAAAGGCUACCCAGCUCAACCACGAAGUGUGUAGGGAGCUGCACACGGACGUCACCUUCGAGAGGAUGUAGACACGGGCGCUGUGUCACUGUGUCAUUCCUAGCUGAAUGUUGUCUUACUGUUCCAAAUGAGUUGUGGUCAAUAUGUGACAAUACCUUUGUUAAAAAAAUAUCUGUUCAUAUUAUCAAUACUACAAUGCCAUUUUUCAUGCCUUUUAGAAUUGUUUGCCACUGCACUGUUUAAACAUGUAUACCUCUAUCUGGACCAUACACUGCAAUGGUAGAGUAUGCUAGCCAUAUUAGAAUAGCGCUGUUUUAACAUGUACUGU